AUGUUCAAUAUGCGUAAGUUACGCUUUGGCACUCGACGCACCAAGGUGGUAGCCAACGUGUUAGUUCUUAUUGCUAUACUACUUAUAUUAGGUGCUGCUUUUUCAAGUAAAACCUUUGGUUUACCACCGGAAAUUAUCGGUGUGAAUGACGAUGCUACAGAUAAAUCUAACAACAAUGCUGCUGACCAGAUGUUGCCCGGUAACGACGAGGACGAAAUAAAGCAGCUUACUGAAGAACGGAUAAAGGCUGAUAAACUGGUUGAAAUUAACAAAAACGAAUACAACGACCCCACAGGGGAGAGGCUAAAGAUGGCCAAAGAUUACUACCAGAAAAUCUUCAAGAUCUUCCGUAAAGGAGAGCCAAAAUGCAAGAUUGUUCAGCGUAAAAGUUCGGCUGGAGCAGAGACCGUUGGUGUAGAGAGCAUUGACAAUUCUCCUGUGCUCACCAAGGAGUAUCUUGCCUCUUUCAUUGAUCUUAGUAAGGACCAGCGGAAAGAAUUGACAAAAUCGCACGAACUCAUGGUGAAGAGCCUUCCUGAUAGCUAUCCAGAAGGAUUAUAUAAGGGUAAUGGUAUCGUCUAUGUUGGAGGAGGUGCUUUCAAUUGGUACGCACUAUUGUCCAUUCAACACCUCCGUAGACUAGGUUGCACUUUACCCAUUGAGGUUAUCAUCCCUGAAAUUGAUGAGUACGAGACGGACCUCUGCCAAAGACUCUUUCCAACCUAUGGAGCACACUGCAUCUUCCUUCCAAAGGUACUCGACAAUGACGUUCGGUCGGACUUCUUAUUCAAAGGAUAUCAAUACAAGUCGUUGGCACUACUUGUCUCAUCUUUUGAGAAUGUUCUUAUGUUGGAUGCAGACAACAUUCCUACCACAAAUCCUGAAAUUAUUUUCAAGGCCGAGCCUUUCAACUCAACGGGCUUGGUGGUUUGGCCUGAUUUCUGGAAAAGAACAACUUCUCCCGACUUCUACAGUAUUGCUGGCAUCAAAUUGAACGAGAAAUCCCGUACCUCGAAAGGUUAUGCUAGAUAUGGUAAAUAUGAAAAGCCCAACUGUCCUGAAGGUAAGGUGUUACUCCAUCAAUUGAAAGGCGCCAUUCCGGAUCCUUCAAGUGAAUCUGGACAGCUUCUUAUCUCCAAGAAAGAGCAUACAAAAGAUAUUUUGAUGGCCCUUUACUACAAUUUGUACGGACCCAACUACUUCUACCCAUUAUUUUCGCAGGGUGCAGCUGGUGAAGGUGAUAAAGAAACUUUUAUUGCUGGAGCUCACGUCUUGAAUCGUCCUUACUAUCAAGUGAGACAACUUGUCUCACCCAUCGGAAUGUACAAGAACGGUAAGUUUAGAGGCGUGGCCAUGAGACAGGCCGACCCUAUGGCGGACUAUCAACUUGGUAUCAAAUACAAAGACUCUGUGGAACCAGUUAAAGAGGAGCCUAAGAUGAUGUUCAUGCACGUGAACUUCCCUAAAUUGGAUCCAAUUAAGCUGAAAGUAGAGGAAUUUGUUUUUGAUGCUGAGACCAAGAAAAGAAAUAGGUUCUUUGGAGACGACUUUGCUCGUAAGCUUGGCUACGAUUUUGAGCUUGCACAGUACCAAAACAUGAAGAUUUUCGCCUGCGACCCCGACGUUCAGUUCGAAUAUUUCCGGAAGAAAAACAUUAGCCAGAAGGAACUCUGUGACGAGGUUAUGUCUCAACUCGAAUACUUAGAAAGCACCACUGAUGUGGCGGAGUAG